GAGUGGCGUCAAACCACGAUUUAUAUAUACGGUGAUAUGAUCGUUGCAACAUUUAUACCAUUCUUUUUAGCCGUGCAACUUCCUAUCGAGGAUGGUGCGUGGCGGUAUGGACCAGAGUACAUCUUCACUGUUCACAUGAACAUGACAGGGACACCGCAGUGUUCUCGUUCAGCAUGCGGUAAUCCGUCCGGCUAUCGUAUCACCUCUCGGUUGCAUUGCAUCCCGAAGAGGAAUAAUACUCUGAUCUGUAGCCUUAGGUACGUCGAUGGCUUUGAUUUUGGUAUGAUCGGCGAGGAAGACAAUACCCGAAUGAACCGACGCAAAAAUAUCACUGAAGCGCCUAUCGAGCUACUUUUUGAUGAAAAAGGCAUCGAGAAUAUCAUCACAAGCCAACUGACGCGGACCUAUGACCUUAACAUUUUGAAGAUAGUGGCCGAGCAGCUGCAUCCCGGCGACAAUUUUAAUAAUAUCGGGGAUGGCACAUUUGAAGGUGAAACCGCAUCUACCAUAGGCCGAUGCAACGCCACCUUCGAUGUGUAUUAUCAUUCUGGGGCUGAAAAUCCGAACGAGACAAGAUUUCGAUUAAAACUAUUACCACCGAAAUUGCAUAUUACUUCCACAGAGACUCUUAUCAUCAAUAAGCAGACGAAUCUUAAUCAUUGCAGCUGCUACGCAGACAAUUAUUUUGGCAAAUAUGGUGAUACGAUUGUCCAUCAACGCUUGCAAGCGGAUUUAAAUAUUAUGAUUAGUCAUAUGGAAAUCGGUGAAACGAGUUUUAGUUCAUCAACAACAAGGAAGGGUACAUCGGUUUCAAACUACAAGACAUAUAAUAUAAUCGAAAUUACAACAAUAAUCUUGGAAGACAUUCAGCCUGCCGCGAGAGAUCCGAUUCCGAUCGUGAACCCGGGUGAGACCAAGAUACUUGCUAAUCAUGACAUAAGAAGUAUUCCUACUUCCUAUUAAUAAUAAUUAUUAACAAUGCUAAUGUUAUGAAUACAAUUAAGUUAAUUCUAAAAGAAAAUAAUAAAAAUCUCUAGAAAUGCAAACCUAUUAUAUAAAAUGAUAGAUAUUCAAAUUUACUAUACGUAUAUUAUUUAUAAAGUCUGACCGAAACUUUUGCCGAAACUGAACCGAAACACUCGAUUACAUGUCAAUUUCAAUCGAAACCGAAAUCAAAAUUAAAAAAUAGGAAUUCUAUAAAGGCCAUAUGUAUAGACAUGCCCAUAUAUAUCAUAUACUUUUUCUUCAUAAAUAUCAUAAUUUAUUGAAAU